GUCAAAACCGCGAUUUAGUCUUUCAUUUCGUUGCUUUAACCUCCUUCGCAAGUCCAUCACCACCAAUGCAGGAUAGGCUACAACCGACUUUGCCGCAACGAUCAACGAAACUACCUAUUCAUUCCGCAAACACAACCAAGGUCGCCAAUAACGCGAAAAAACCGGCUCCAUUAUCGGUCUCCAAUAACAACAUUCCGCGUAAUAACAAAGGGGACACGCUCAAAGACGGCAAAUCAUCCAUUAAACCCAAAGCAGAACUGAAAGCAGGCAUGAAGAGAAAAAUUUCAUCCUCUCCAAAGCAUGAAAACGGCGUUUCACGCGUGAAGCUUAAUAAUAGUACAGCAAGACCAGCCAUUACGAGCCUGAAAACACCUUCAGCCAGUUUCUCCAGCGUAUCGAAUAAUAGUAAUGGUGUAAAAUCAGUCGACAAACCAAAUAGAGCCGUCGCCAGACCUGCUUCUAUAGCGAACAGACGAAAACCACUUGCGGCAUCUAACACUAAAAAAGCAAGCGAAGAUAAUGCACCUGCUGACAAACCACCGCAAGCUGCAGUCAAUCCGGCUACAGGCAUGCCCAAGCUAAAGAAGCGACCAGCCUGGGACACCAAAGGAAGACUUAGUGAUAUGGAGCAACUCCUGCCUAUGUUACAGAGCAAGGUUAAAAAUUCUGAUGACACAGUCAACAGCAUGAAAGACCUUCUUGAACAAGAACAUUCAAAAAUCAAAGAGCUGGAAUCCUUCCGACAAAAUCUUGAACUUAAGGUUGAAAGUAAGGAAAGCGAAAACCAAGAGGCUAUGCGACAAGUCUCAAACCUUAAAGACGAGCUUUUGAUGGUUGAGCGAAAGCACAAUGACGACUUGGAAAACUUGCGAAGCAGACACCAACGAGAAGUCAACGAAUUGGAUGCUUCCAAUCAAUCAUUGCAAAGGCAAAAACGCUCAUUAGAGCAAGAUCUAGAAGACACUAUGAACAGGCUUCAAGACCAAAAGACAGAAAACUCCAAGCUGCGAACAACCAUAUCGGAAAAUUCAGCAGCAGUUUUAACGAUGGAAUCCGACACACGAAAUUUGAAGUUGAGAUUACAGAACACUGAAGAAUUACUGAAGGAUAGAGAACAGACUAUCGAGAAAUUGACUGCAGAGCUCAACGCUGCAAAGAUUACGGUUUCUGACAUCGAAGACAAGCUGCUCGAAGAGGAGAAGAAUCGUCGACGACUCCAUAACACCAUCCAAGAGCUGAAGGGCAAUAUCAGAGUAUUUUGCCGCAUUAGACCCGUUUUAGACACUGAGAAGAAGGCUGCUGCCAGUGUUACAGAUAUAGCUUAUCCAGGCAUAGAAAAAAAUCAGCUUGAACUUGCUGACUCAACUACGUCGAGCAAUGGCACAGUGGCUAUCAAGUCAUAUCCUUUCACAUUUGACAGAGUUUUCCAGCCAAGUGCAACUCAAGACGAGUGCUUUGAAGAAAUCUCACAUCUGGUGCAGUCAGCUUUAGAUGGGUACAACGUAUGCAUCUUUGCCUACGGACAAACUGGAAGUGGAAAGACAUACACCAUGGAAGGUGUGCGAGGUGCUGCUGAAGAGCAAACGGGUAUGAUUCCAAAAACAGUCCGGCAAAUCUACAAGACAGCUGAAAAGCUGAAGAACAAGAAUUGGACAUACGAAAUGGAGGGACAGUUCUUACAAAUUUACAAUGAGACCAUCCACGACUUGCUUGGCAAUCCUAACGACUUUGGUAAACUCAAACAUGAGAUAAAGCACGAAAAAAAUGGUAGUACCAUAGUCACCGAUAUGACAACCGUUUUGUUGGACUCGCCAGCAAAGGUCACAAAUUUGUUGAAAAAGGCAAGCCAAAACCGAGCAGUUGGAGCUACCAACAUAAACGAACGAUCGUCAAGAAGUCACAGCGUUUUUACCUUGAAGCUCAACGGUAGAAACUCUGUUACUGGCGAAGUCACUACAGGCGUUUUGAACUUGAUUGAUUUGGCUGGCUCCGAGCGACUCUCUUCAUCUGGGUCAACAGGUGAUAGGCUGAAGGAGACGCAAGCCAUCAACAAGAGCUUGAGUUCCUUAGGCGAUGUUAUCUAUGCCUUGGCCAACAGCAAAGAAGGCAGCCAUAUACCUUAUCGAAAUUCGAAAUUGACUUACUUGUUGCAAAACUCACUUGGUGGCAACAGCAAGACACUCAUGUUUGUAAACAUCUCACCUUUACUCACACAUUUCAAUGAAACACUUUGUUCUCUUCGCUUUGCUACGAAGGUCAAUUCUUGUCAAAUUGGAACUGCAAAGAAGAAUAUCAAGUGAACAUACCAGUAUCGUUAAACUCAAUAAACUCAUUAUGUACUUUCUAUUUAUCACUCUA